AUGCCGAAAGUUCAGGAGCACCCCGAGCAACCCGAGGGCGGCCGCAAGUAUGGCGCCUUCCAAGCGGAAAUCUACGAGGAUGGCUUGCUCAAGAACAAACUACCAACCGUGACCACCGAUCCAAACAAGCUUGAAGAACAGGCAAAAAAAUAUCUUGGUGCUAGAAGUUUCAACUAUGUUGCUGGUGGAGCCGGUGAGAAAAGCACGAUGGAUGCGAACCGGCUGGCAUUUAGACAAUGGAAGAUGAUUCCCCGCAUGCUCCGGCCCACCACACACCGAGACUUGAGAGUCGAACUCUUCGGUCACAAGCUCGAAUCACCUCUUCUCAUUGCUCCGGUGGGCGUCCAGACCAUCUUUCACACAGACAAGGAGCUUGGAGUGGCAGAAGUCGCGACCGAGAUUGGAGUUCCAUAUAUCCUCAGCACAGCGUCGAGCGCCAGCAUCGAGGACGUGGCCAAAGCAAGUGGGGAUGGUGUGCGAUUCUUCCAACUAUACUGGCCCCAAGACGAUGAUCUCACCGUAUCACUCUUGCACCGUGCAAAGUCUCAUGGCUACAGCGUCCUCCUUGUAACCCUGGACACUUGGACUCUCUCCUGGCGCCCUGCUGAUCUCGACAAUGCAUAUGUACCUUUCGCCUCAGGGAUUGGAGACCAAACAGGCUUCUCUGACCCAGUCUUCCGCCGGAAGUUCAAGCAAAAGCACAACAUUGAAGUUGAAGAAGACAUCCUACAGGCAAGCCGCGAAUGGGAAGCAGCCGUAUUCAGCGGCGCCGCCCACACGUGGGAGCAAUUGGAGCUGCUGAAGAAGGAGUGGGAUGGCCCAAUCGUCUUGAAGGGAAUCCAGCAUGUUGACGAUGCGAGGAUGGCAGUCCAAGCUGGAGUUGACGGGAUCGUGGUUAGCAACCAUGGCGGACGACAGCUGGAUGGAGCCAUUGGGAGUUUGGAAGUGCUACCAGAGAUUGUGGAGGCUGUUGGGGAUCAGCUUACGGUUCUUUUCGAUAGUGGUAUCAGGACAGGCGUUGAUAUCAUCAAAGCUUUGAGUUUAGGGGCGAAGGGCGUGCUGAUCGGCAGGUGA